AUGACUUUUCUUCUAUUUCUCGGCUUAGCCGUCAUAUCUGCGAGCUUAGCCUCGCCUGUAUCCCAACCCCUUCCCACAGCUAUCAUUGAUUCCGGGGCGAUUGUCGGAACAACUACAUCCUUUCCUUCCUCCACCGCCAUCGUCAGAAAAUACCUUGGAGUUCCGUUCGCUGCACCACCCGUCCGCUUCAGCCCUCCAGAGCCGGUUGAACGAUGGUCGACGUUCUACAAUGCGACACAAUGGGGACCAUCCUGCAUCCAGCAAAUCGGCCAAAGCGGCAAGGAACUCUUUGGUAUGCUAGACCUACCCCCUCCGGCAAACGGAGAAAGUGAAGACUGCCUGAAUCUCAAUGUGUUCACCCCCGAAUCUGCGUCGGCGGGAUCUAAGGCUGUUCUUGUUUGGUUCUACGGAGGGUCAUAUCUAAAUGGCGCUACAUCUGUCAAUCUAUAUGACGGCGCCAGUUUUGCUGCCAACCAGGAUGUCGUGGUAGUUACUGUCAAUUACCGGACCAACUUCUUUGGAUUCCCUGGAGGUGAUGUUCCCGCCACGGAGCGGAACCUUGGUUUCCUCGACCAACGUCUUGCCUUAGAUUGGGUACAGCGCAAUAUCGCCGGGCUAGGCGGCGAUCCGUUCAAGGUGACCAUAUUCGGGGAGAGCGCGGGAGGUGGCAGUGUUGAUGCUCUGAUCACAGCUCCACCAGACCCAGCUCCGUUCCAUGCAGCGAUUAUGCAGUCCGGUCAAAGCUCCAUCAGCAUGCCCCUGGGCGGUGGCCCCGAGAAAUACGCAGAGUCGUGGAAGAAGCUAGCGGAAUUUGCGAACUGCCCUUCGGACAAUGCUCUUGAGUGUCUCCGAAAGGCCCCUGCUCUUGAGCUCAAACAUUUCGCUGAGAACGCCAGCCUCUCUUUCGGCCCGGUUCCAGACGGCGGCGUUACCUUAUCGGCCACACCUCGUCUUGAUCGUCUCCACUCAUCAGAGGGCAAUUCUUCCAUCGCUCGAGUCCCCAUUCUCAUCGGGAACAAUGCCGACGAACCGAAGCCUUACAUCCGAGGCGUUAAUGACACAAAGGCAUACCUCGAGACUCUUGGGCUGGGCGAAUAUGUUGACAUGAUUUUGAAAGCAUAUCCGUUAGGACAACCAGGGACCCACAACGAGAAUGACCGACUCUCCCUGAUCGCUACCGAUCUGCUUAUGACUUGUCCCUCUAAGGUCUUUGCCGAGGACAGUGCCAAAGUCGGUAUUCUGUCGUAUAGGUACUUUUUCAACGCCAGCUUCCCCAAUAACGAGGCUUUCCCGGGGAGCGGGGCGUUCCAUGCGGCGGAAAUUGCUUUUGUGUUCGGUACUUAUUCCAAGGAAAACGCCACUCAAUUUGAGCACGAAGUAAGCCAGGCCAUGCAGAAGGCGUGGGCGGAUUUUGCGAAGGAUCCAAGCCACGGCCCUGGAUGGGAUCAGGACCCUAUAAUUGGGGUAUUCGGUGAUGGGGUGAAAGCUGGCAUGAGUGAUGAGGGAAAGAAACCGUUGAAUGUAGUUGACUCUGCGGCCAUGGACAGAAGGUGCGAGCUUUACAGGCCGUUAUAUGAUCAGCUGCUACUUUCUGGUUCUUCAUAG